UAUUCUGAAUAACUAGCUCAUCCAGCUGGCAUCAAAACCACUGUGCAGAGAAACAAGAAGAGUGUUUCACUAUCUUCGCAGCCUUUUCCGAGUGUCCCAGGUUCCUUCUUUCACACAGGCUUUUGUGAAGAAAUGCUUCCUAGACGUCAGCGAGAGAUCAGUGUGUGUCAACAAACCGGGGCCCUGCUAUUAAAGCAUAUACUGGUGAAAUGGAGGAAGAUAAAGCAGAGUUUACAGGAAUUGCUCCUCUCAUUACUGAUGCCUUUCAUAUUGUAUAUGGAUCUUAUUAGUGGUUGGUACAGGGCAUACCCUGAACUACCUUCGGUUGACCUUGGGCGUGUCAAUGAGUUUGAUAGGAACACAUAUGCAGUUCAGUAUACACCAGUGACGCAGACUACCAGACAAAUAAUGCAGCAUAUGGCUUCUGUUUCCUUUUUGAAUGAUAUUGUUGGAAACAACACUGGAGAACAGACAGAGCUGGAAAGCACUAAUAUGACAUUCCAUGAUGUAAUAGAGGUUAACUUUAAUGAUGCUUUCUCUUAUGAGUUAGCUUCCCAUGCUUAUUCUUCAUUCCAUUUGCAAAGGGACAACAUGGAUCAUCAUUCAGACAGGUGCUCUGCCUCAAUAUUUUAUCAGGCCAUCACUUGUUCUGUUACUGAACAGUGGACUUCAGGAUUUGUUCCCCUGCAGGCAAACAUUGACGCUGCUAUUAUUCAAGUUGCAUCAAACCACUCAGUGAUGGAAGAGCUACAGUCAGUCACUGCUGAACAGAUGAGGCUACCUCCCUUUCGGGUUGUGGAAGGCAUUAACUAUGACUUUUUUCUUAUCUGCUGUGCAGUGGCAUUCUCUCCUCUCAUAUACUUUAUGUCACUCAAUGUGGCAAAAGAACGGAGGAAGUUUAAGGAGCUGAUGAAGAUGAUGGCGCUCCAGGAUUUCGCCUUCUGGUUCUCCUGGGGUUUGCUGUAUGCAGGCUAUAUUUUAAUUAUGGCAAUUCUACUGACACUUAUCAUUAAAUCUGAAGAAUUUAUAUACCACACCAGCCAUUCCGUGAUAUUCUCCCUGUUUUACCUCUAUGGCAUCUCUUUGAUAUCACUUGCUUUCUUACUAACUUCUUUGUUGAAGAAACCUAAGCUCACUGGCAUAGUUGGGUUCCUCUUCACCCUGUCCUUUGGAAGUCUGGGCCUUGCGGUGUUGUAUAACCAUGUUCCUGAACCUUUGGAAUGGGUUUUAAGUCUCUUUAGUCCUUUUGCUUUCACGGCUGGAUUUGUGCGGAUUCUACAUUUAGAAGAUGCUAUGAAGGGGGUGGAAUUUUCUGACUUUUUGGAAGACUCCUUCCCAAUGUUGGCAUUUUUUUUCCUGUUGGUUUUUGAUGCUCUUCUCUAUUUGGUGCUAGCCAUCUACUUUGACAAAGUUUUGCCUGAUAAAUAUGGAAUGCACCAUUCUCGUUUGUUCUUCCUGAAGCCAUCUUAUUGGUUUAAAAAAAGAAAAAAUUGUGUCAACAAUGAUAUCCUAGACUAUGAAGAAUACAGUGACCAGGUCUUUAAUGAUUAUGUUGAGCAAGUGCCUCCAGAAUUUCGUGGGAAAGAAGCCAUCAGUAUCAACAAUGUUAAAAAAACGUAUAAAGGGAAGGACAAGAUAGUGAAUGCUUUAAGAGGUUUGUUGCUUAAUGUCUAUGAAGGCCAGAUCACUGCAUUACUUGGUCACAGCGGAGCUGGGAAAAGUACGCUACUGAACAUCCUGAGUGGACUUUGUCCACCUUCAGAAGGCUCUGCCAUGAUAUAUAAAUACAAAGUGACUGAAAUGGAGGACUUGGAAGAAAUUAGGAAAAUAAUUGGAGUUUGCCCACAAUUUAACGUUCAGUUUGAAGUUUUAACAGUGAAAGAAAAUCUAAGAAUUUUUGCUAAAAUCAAAGGGAUUCUGCUAAAAGAGGUUGAACAAGAGGUCCAAAAAGUUUUGACUAUGUUGAAAAUAGAACACAUUCAGGACUGCCAAGCUAGCAGCUUAAGUGGUGGCGAGAAAAGAAAGCUGACACUUGGAAUUGCCAUUUUAGGAGAUCCGCAGGUUUUGAUAUUAGAUGAGCCAACUGCUGGAUUGGAUAUCAGUUCCAGAUACCAUGUAUGGAGCCUACUGAAGGAGCAUAAAGCUAACAGAGUAACCCUGUUCAGUACCCAGUUAACGGAUGAGGCAGAUAUUAUUGCUGACCGGAAAGCUUUUAUCUCCCAUGGGAGGUUAAAGUGUGUUGGCUCUUCUCUCUUUCUGAAGAGAAAAUGGGGAAUCGGUUAUCACUUAAGCCUGCACAUCAAUGACUCUUGUGAUUCUGCAAAAAUGACAUCUCUGGUCCAGCAGCAUAUUUCCAAUGCUAAGUUAUCUGGGCAGAGUCAUGAAGAACUGAUUUACAUGCUGCCCUUUGAAAACGUGGAUAAAUUCCCUGAACUGUUCUGUGAUCUAGACACUCAUGUGUGCCAGGAGAUUCUGAGUUACGGCAUUUCCAUGACAACCCUGGCUGAUGUGUUCCUGACACUGGAAGAAGAAGCAGCAAUUGAUCAAGCAGAUUAUGGUGUUUUCAGUGAGGAGCAGGCAGAAGAGGAAAGAGACACCUUCUCUCCCCAUGAGUUGAAGCAAAGUCUCCUGUCACUCUCAGACACUGGAAAGGCGACUGUAAGAGGCAGAGCCCUCUGGAGACAGCAAGUCUGUGCCCUGGCAAGAAUUCGCUUCUUAAAGCUAAAGCAUGAGAGUCAAGCUAUUAGGUCCAUAUUACUGGUGUGUGGUCUUCUUAUAGUGCCUUGCCUGAUCUUCAAGAUAAUAAUUGAUGAAGACACUGUUGCCCAUACGAUGAAGGUUUCACCUCAGAUGUAUUUUCUCCAACCUGGACAGCAGCACUACCGAACCCGUCACACCAGCUUAUUGGUCCUCAAUGAUACAGGUUCAGACAUUGAGGACUUCAUCCAUGCUGUGAAAAGUCAGAAUAUAAUGUUGGAAGUAGCUAAUGGGAAAAACAUCUCAGAUGGUCAAGAAUACAAUGGGGCUAUUAAAGUAUCACUUGUAGACAAGCAUUUCAGAUUUUCUAUGAUGUGCCAUGUCAAGAGAAUCAAUUGUUUUCCAGUGCUUAUGAACAUCAUUAGCAAUGCAUUACUAAGAAACUUAAAUUCCACUAGGCAAAUUCAAGUCACAACUAGGAUGCGCCCUAUGAUGUCAUCUGAGCAUGAAAUGAGAUUACUUUGGCAUUCCAUUAUUUUCAUGUCUGUUUUAGCUUCUGGUUUUGCACCUCAUUUUGCAAUGAGCAGCAUAGGUGAUUACAAGAUAAAAGCUCACUCCCAGCUGUGGACUUCAGGCAUGCUCCCUUCAGCAUAUUGGUGUGGCCAGGCUCUGGUGGACAUUCCUCUCUGCUCUGUUCUUCUCUUCACAAUGACUGGGAUUAUGUUUUUAAUUAGUUAUGAAGAUAGUCUGACUCCUGAAAUAUUAGCCUUACCUUUGGUUGCGUCUAUAUUUGGCUACGCAGCAUCCAUUGUUGUCCUCACUUACGUGAUCUCUUUUGCUUUUCGCAAAAGGAAAAGCUACAGUGACCUUUGGUCUUUUAUCUUUAUAUUUGUUUCUUUCAUGCUUAAUGCAAUUACUUAUGCAACCAAUAAGGCCUUCAUCACGACCAUCCUCACUGCCUUGAUUCCUUUCUAUACGUUAGCUGGCUGUAUAAGAAUAAUUGUGCAGGUGUCAUCAGACCAUGCAUUUGCCCUCUGGGAAGAAGAUGAAGAAAUGAUGCUGAGCAGAUUACACUUGCUAGCUAGCUUGGCACCAUACCUGCACUGUAUUAUUUUGAUUUUCAUUCUGCGAUGUCUGGAGUGGAAAUACGGAAGAAAAACUACGAGGGAGGAUCCAAUCUUCAGAAUUUCUCCAAGGAAAGAGAUCUUCCGCCAAAACCCUGAAGAGACUGAAGGGGAAGAUGAAGAUGUUCAAGCUGAAAGAAUGAAAGCUGGGAGCGUGAUGCCCUGUCAGAACCAGGAAGAGCGACCAAUCCUUAGCGUCAACAGUCUGCGCAAGGAAUACAAAGACAAGAAGGUCAGCUCCAUUUUUAAGAAAAGGAAGAAAGUUGCCACAAGAAACGUCUCCUUUUGCGUUAAAGAAGGUGAGGUUUUUGGGCUACUUGGACCCAAUGGGGCUGGCAAAAGCACAACUCUAAAGGUGAUCAUUGGAGACACGUCCCUAACUGCUGGACAGGUGGUGAUGAAAGGGGCAGAUGCAGCUGCUUCUCAACCAGAAGAGGACACAACCGACUUUCUAGGCUACUGCCCUCAGGAGAACCCUCUCUGGCCAAAUCUUACUGUUCAGGAACAUCUGGAGGUUUAUGCUGCUGUGAAAGGGAUGAGGAAAGAAGAUGCUGCUGUUACUAUCAAACGGGUAGUGAAUGCUCUGAAAGUUCAGGAGCUUCUUCAAAAACCAGCCAAGAAACUACCGGCAGGAAUAAGCAGAAAGGUGUGUUUUGCACUGAGCAUGCUGGGCAAGCCAACGCUGAUCCUUUUGGAUGAAUUGUCGACUGGAAUGGACCCCAUGGGGCAACAUCAUGUGUGGACAGCUGUUCGUGCUGCAUUGAAAAAUAAGAAACAAGGAGUCAUCUUGACAACCCAUUACAUGAAGGAGGCUGAGGCAUUGUGUGACCGAGUGGCCAUCAUGGUGUCUGGGAAGCUCCACUGUAUUGGCUCCAUUCAGUACCUGAAAAGCAAGUUUGGCAAAGGUUACUUGCUGGAAAUUAAAGUGAAGGACCCAGAACAAGUUGAUCUCAUCCAUGCAGAGAUUACACGAAUCUUCCCACUUGCAGCACGUCAGGAACGGUACUCCUCUUUGAUGGUCUAUAAGAUACCAAUGGAAAAUGUGCAGUCUCUGUCCCAGGCCUUUUUCAAUUUGGAGGCAGCUAAACGUACCUUUGACCUGGAGGAAUACAGCCUUUCCCAGUCCACUUUGGAACAGGUGUUCUUAGAGCUUUCAAGAGAGCAGGAGAAAGAGGAUUUUGAGAUGAAUCUGGAUAGUACAGCAGAAUGGAAACUCCUUCAACAGAAUGAUCAUUAAAGCUCGGCACCACAGUUCUACAUCUCUGCUACAAACAAUAUCUGCAUGUACAACUAUAUAUGAUGUUAUAGCCAGUACUAACAUUGUAUUAUGCUAAUGUCAAGAGAGGAAAGUUCAGCCAGUCAUCAUGAAAACUGUUUUGUGAUUACUUCCAUUUGGCUAUGGCCACAUUUCCUUUUGGAGUAGAGAAAAUGUUCUGAGACAUGGGGCUGCAUUAGAAAAUUGGCCAAGGACCAGAAAUGGGGUUGGCCGCCAAUAGCAGAAGAUGAGGGAGCUCACAGGCAAAAUCAGUCCAAUUUCAAUAUAUCUCUAGUUGUAAAUAUGAUAAAAACAGAACUGAAUCUUAAAAAGCCACCUGCUCAGAAAUUUGAACUGAUAUCACAUUUGUCACACAAAUCACCCAAAACACAUUACAGAGUUUUCAAUUAAAUACUGGUGGUGAAGUGACUAUGUUGGGGUGGCCAGCCUGAGCCUGAGAAGGAGCCAGAAUUUACCAAUGUACAUUGCCAAAGAGCCACAGUAAUAUGUCAGCAGCCCCCCAUCAGCUACCCCCCACACACCACUCCCAGCACCUCCCAGCCACCGGCAGCCCUGCCAAUCAGCGCCUCUCCCUCCCUCCCCACACCUACUGAUCAGCUGUUUCAUGGCAUGCAGGAGGCUCUGGGGGGAAGUGUGGGGGGAGUGAGGGCAUGGCAGGCUCAGGGGAGGGUGCAGCAAGGGGUGGAGUGGGGGCAGGGCCUGUGGUAGAGCCAGAAGUAGAGUAGUGAGCUCCCCCUGGCACAUUGGAAAGUUGCACCUGUAGCUCCAGCCCCAGAGUUGGUGCCUAUCCAAGGAGCCGCAUAUUAACUUCUGAAGAGCCGCAUGUGGCUCUGGAACUAUAGGUUAGCUACCCCUGGAUUACAUGUAUAAACCUGUCAGCGGGGAUUCAUGUAUUACAGGGAUGAACAGUGCACAGGUGAUUGGAUAUACUGGGCCUGAUUUUGCUUUCUUUAGUAGACUGAUUAUGGUUUUAGUUCUCUGGCUGCAGCUGAGUUAUUUAGAUUUGCAGCAGUGUAAGUAAGAGACCGAUAAUCUCUGUCUUUCUGUAAGUGCCCUGGGUUUUUUCGGCUUCCCCUCACCUUAUGGAUAGAGGGAUCUCUCAUCAAUGGAGCAACACCCUUAACAGUACAGCAGUCGUGUCAUCUCUGUCGGUGAGCCCAAGUGCUUAUAUGGGACAAGAGUCAACAAUCUUCUACCCAGGAGAUGUGAUUGCUAUUAACUGAGUCUGAUGCUUUUACACUGUUACCAGCAAUUUACCAGAGUGAUCUCCUUAUUGGAGUAUUCUUUAUAGUAUUGGACCUUCAGGUUACUUGCUACAAGAUAUGUUAAAUAUAUGAAGAAGAAAAACGUUCUCCUCUUGGAUGUUAAUGGUAGUAAUGUUUUGCUGUUCCUGUACCUGCCAAUAGGACAUCAAUAGAAGAGCAGAACUGACAUCAAAGGGAGAUUCUGUUUCUUCAGUAUUAUUUGUAGGAGACAAAGACAAUGACAAAAAAUUAAAAAGCAAUGCAAUA